AAUUAAAACCUGAAUUAAACUGCUUUCCCACAAUAAAUCACCAACACAAAAGGAGCGACAGCCAACCGCCCGCGCAUAGCAAUCUGCUCGACUAUUUUUCGUGUCCUGAGUUUGCCUUUAAUCCGUUAUUUCGUUGUUUUCUUCUGUCUCAGUCAUUUGCCGCGCGUCCCAUAUAUUUUGUUGUUGCAUCAGGGCCAGUGCAUAUUAUUAUUAUUACUAUUAUUAUUUGUGUGUUUAUGUUUACUGUGACUUUUCGUUUUCAAUUCGAUGGUGCACCAGAACACACAGCCACAGUCACAGUCACAUCCACCUAGCACACUGAAAGAAAACCAAGAAACCCAAAACGACACCGAAACUGAAUAGACGCAAAUACCGAACCAACGAGACCCUUUCCAAAGACAAGUCCAAAAUGGCCAAAAUGUACGGAAAGGGUAAGACUGCCAUCGAGUCGGAGGAGCAGCAGAGGCGACGCUGGCAGAUCGAGCUGGAGUUCGUGCAGUGCCUGUCCAAUCCCAACUAUCUCAACUUCCUCGCGCAGCGCGGAUUUUUCAAGGACCAGUCGUUCAUCAACUACCUGAAGUAUCUGCAGUACUGGAAGGAGCCGGACUAUGCCAAAUACCUCAUGUACCCAAUGUGCCUCUACUUUCUCGAUUUGCUGCAGUACGAGCACUUUCGCCGCGAGAUCGUCAACUCGCAGUGCUGCAAGUUCAUUGAUGACCAAGCGAUUCUCCAGUGGCAGCACUACACUCGCAAGCGGAUCAAGCUGAUCGAGAAUGUGACGGCCGCUCAGCAGCAGCAGCAGCAGCAACAACAGCAGCUGCAGCAGCAACAGCAACAACAGCAGGCGAACGGCGUUGAGGCUGCAACGGGUGGUGAAGCAGCGGCAGCCACGCCCAACGUCAAUGGAGCAGCUGCCACGGCGGAUUGCCAGCAGACGGCCACUGCACUUCAGCCAGUUCAGGCUCAGGCGGGGAAUCCCCAACAGCAGCAGCAGCAACAGCAGCAGCAGCAGCAAAUCAAUGGCCUUUCCGCAGGGGCCAACAACAAACUAGAGUUAAACUAGCGCUGGCAACUUAAAGUUUACCAAUAAAAUAGUCUAAGAAUCAGGAA